AUGCCUACAUUAAAUCAAUUGAUUCGUCAUGGUAGAGAAGAAAAACGGCGCACGGACCGUACUCGAGCUUCGGAUCAAUGUCCCCAGAAGCAAGGAGUACGCCCGCGUGUUUCAACGAGAACACCGAAAAAACCAAAUUCAGCUCCACGUAAGAUAGCCAAAGUACGAUUGAGCAAUCGACAUGAUAUAUUUGCUCACAUUCCGGGCGAAGGUCAUAAUUCGCAGGAACAUUCUAUGGUGUUAAUAAGAGGAGGUAGAGUGAAAGAUUUGCCAGGUGUGAAAUCCCAUUGUAUUCGAGGAGUCAAGGAUUUGUUGGGAAUUCCGGAUCGAAGAAGAGGCAGAUCCAAAUAUGGUGCAGAAAAACCCAAAUCUCUAUGA